AUGGAGAGAUGGAAUGACGAUACGCCAGCUUCGAGGCUGUGCAGCAUCUCUUCAGUCAAGAAGCCCGAUGUUGUCUUCAAAGAUAAGCGGGUUGUGAGGGCGCAUCACACCGAGAUGGCCUUCUGCCCUCAUUGCAAUCAACCAGGACAUGAGCUGUUCCAAUGCGACCGAUUCAAAGCCCUUCCCUGUGCCGACAGGAGGGCAUUCGUAGCUGGUAACAAGAUUUGUUACAAUUGUAUGCGUCCAAAUCAUACAGUGCGAAAUUGUACUUCGAAGUCGACCUGCAGGUUCUGCAACAAAUCUCAUCAUACUUGGCUUCACCCGGAAGAUACUCCAGCUGUGGCUAGUGUGCCAGCAGCACUGACGAAUACUGUAUCUCAAGCUGAUAUCGAUUCAGCAGCUGAGGAGAUUGCCACAGUCACGACACAUCAUUGCACCACUCUAAAGCGUGCUCUGCUGCCCACGGCGCUGGUUCAUGUAGCAGACAGAGACGGGAAUCAGCAAGUUUGUAGGAUUCUCAUUGAUGGAGGGAGUGAGUGUUCGUUGAUUUCGGAAUCUUGCGCUCAGAGACUGCGACUUCCCAGGAAGAACAAGAGAGUAGCUGUCAAUGGAGCUGGUGAGACAGUCGUGGGCUACACUAGAGGUUUAGUGGUCAUCAAGGUGACCUCGAUGUGUCAUCCGGAGGAGAGUCUUCAGGCGGAAGCUCUCGUGCUCAGCAAGAUGACCUCCAAAUUGCCAACGGAGCAACUUGUACAAUCGAUCAACUGGAAACAUCUGCGAAAUCUGCGCUUGGCAGAUCCUCAAUUCGAUAAACCGGCGGAAAUCGACAUCAUUCUGGGAGCUGAGUUUGCGAUGGAGAUAAAUUGUCCGAACAUCAUCAAGGGAGGUGAUGGAGCACCAGUGGCCCAAGAGACAAUCUUUGGCUGGGUCGUCGGAGGGAAAAUGUCGAGCAUUGCGUCGAGUGUGAAGUCUUUUCACAUGAUGUUCGAUGUGGACAAGAUUUUCAAGGAUUACUGGGCAGAUGACUUGACAAAGAAGCCACUCAUCGAGAACGAAGAACAAUUCUGUGAGGAAUACUUUGCAGAGACCGUCAAGCGCGACGCAUCAGGCAGGUAUGAAGUCAGGCUUCCGCUCAAGAGAUCUCCAGACCUGCUGGGAGAUUCUAAGCAAGCCGCUCUCGCACGACUUUCCGCGAUGGAGCGAAAGUUCAUGAAGGAUCCACAAUUCCGCCAGUUGUACGUGGACUUCAUGAGGGACUAUGAAGCAAAGGGUCAUAUGGAGCGCGUCCCACCGGAGGACGUCCAAUCGUCGAAGCCCUCAUACGUGAUUCCUCACAUGGCUGUGAUGAGGCCUUCCAGCACUACAACCAAAUUGCGAGUUGUAUUUGACGCAUCGUGUGCAAUUAGACCACGAAAUAUCGCAUUGAAUGGUAUCUUGGCCGUGGGGCCAAAGAUUCAGCCCGAUUUUGAUGACUCUUCUCCUGAAAUUCCGCACAUUCCCGGUGGCAUUUACUUCAGACGUUGA